GAGCCGAGCGGGGGAGCGGCUCUUCGGAGCGGGGGGGGGUCGGUCAUGUUCCGCCUCGAGGGCCUCGGGCCCAAGCUGGACCCUGAGGAGAUGAAGCGGAAGAUGCGCGAGGACGUGCUGGCCUCCGUCCGCAACUUCCUUCUCUACGUAGCCUUACUGCGCGUCACUCCCUACAUCUUAAAGAAGCUGGACAGCAUAUGAGGAUGCCGGAGGAAGGCCGCGCUGCCAUCGAAAAUCACGGCGCGAAGAAUCCCAUCACAGUUCUUAACUCGCGUAUGACAACGAGUAGGACCGCGGAGACACGAGAAACCUGUCGAACGGCUAUCCCUCAAUGCUUGCUUAAAAGAUUGGCUUCCCGAAAAGCGAAAAUAGCUGUCGAGAGGAAACUUAAAAUUACGUAUUGCUUCUCUUUGUGUGUGUCAUAGAGUCUCCCUUCCCGCUGGUACACCUGUGAUCGUCUAUCGGACGUGGUCGGAAACCGGUUUUGAGUGUAACGGUAUUGCUUUUCGUUUGUAAAGCUACCUCUGAAGUGGAACUGCUUAAAUGCAGUCUCCUUGAAUCUCCUGCUUCUCCAGAAUGCGUACUGUGACGAGACUGUUGAGUUUUAGCAUUUGUUUUAUCGGGCCUCCUUGCGGUGGACAUUACACUGUCGAGACGAAUGUAGUUCUGUGAGUCUUUUUAAUAAAUUUCUCUUGCCUCCGACUUUUGAGUCGCCAGGGAGGCGGCGUGGUA